AGCGCGCAGCGUAGAUCGGCGGUCCGCGCGGGUGCUCCAGUUUCCAGCGUGUGAGUGAGCGGCGGAAGGGCUGCGGUGAGCGGAGAGAGGACGGAGAAAAUGGUGGCGGACAAAGGGGAGUGCCUGCAUCACGCACUGGAGGACCCAAAGCUGGAUCACAAGAUGCGAUCGGCUUCUGUGAAGAUAACGAGUACAGCCUGCGUGUCGGAUAAGAAGGUGUCGUCUACCUUACCUGGAGGACCCGAUACUCAGAGGAAGGGACAUUAUAACGGAGAAGAAAAGGAACGUCACAGGAAAGAUGGGGCCAGUAAUGUAAAUUCUCAUCACAGAGCCCAAAAUGGUAUCAAGGCUGAACACGAUUCCUCCAGAGAGAAGCAGAUUGAGAAAUCCAUGGUGACUUGCGCCUCGGAGGAUGACUCUGAUCAUGAGAGCCUUGCUGGUAACAGGGAGGUAGAAGAUGGAGCCGACGUGGAUGGACUCGAGAACUUCACCAUAUGCUGCAAAGAAACCAAGUCACCGGAACCUUCUUUUGGGUUAGAUGAGAACAGCAAUAUUCUGACCGAAGAGCCUAAACCAGACCAGAAGAGGCAUCAACCCCAGGAAGAAUUAGAUGGGACUGUGUCUGAGUGGGCAGCUAUUGACACUGAUUUCCUUGAGGACAAUACAACCAAUCAAGAGUCUGUGCCCCGGAUUUCAGAAUUCCAGUGUAACCCUUUGCUUUGCAUUAAUGGUCACCUGUCAUCUAAAUGCAAACCUGAUGCAGGUAUUACACCGAAAGAUGUUGAAUCGAAGGUUAAAACCACUGCUACAGCUGUAAAAUGUGAGACAGAUGAGCAAGGAGGGAAGAAGGUUAAAAGCCUUGAUUUGGAAAAAAAGGGUUCAGAAGCAGAUACCCAUUCCAAAUUACAAGAUAAAAAAGGAAAGGAAAAGUCUGGUAAGGAAUGUGUCAAAGAGACCAAGAAAGUUUCCACUCACAAAAAGGAGAAAGAGGCAAAAGAAAACACUAAAGACAAAGAUCAGCAAAAAAUGAAGGACUCCAAAACUGUGAAACACACCAAUAAGGACAAAAUUAAAGAACCAGAAAAGGAAAAGAGGCACACAGACCGUGAGAAGGAAAAGAGGCAGAGAGACCAUGAGAAGGAAAAGGGGCACAAAGACCAUGAGAAGGAAAAGAGGCACAAAGACCAUCAGAAGGACAAGGGGCACAGAGACCAUGAGAAAGAAAAGGGGCACAAAGAUCAUGAAAAGGAUAAGGGACACAUUGAUCAUGAGAAGGAUAAGGGGCACGUUGAUCAUGAGAAGGAUAAGGGGCACGUUGAUCAUGAGAAGGAUAAGGGGCACAUUGAUCAUGAGAAGGAUAAGGGGCACGUUGAUCAUGAGAAGGAUAAGGGGCACGUUGAUCAUGAGAAGGAUAAGGGGCACGUUGAUCAUGAGAAGGAUAAGGGGCACGUUGAUCAUGAGAAGGAUAAGGGGCACGUUGAUCAUGAGAAGGAUAAGGGGCACGUUGAUCAUGAGAAGGAUAAGGGGCACAAAGACCAUGAGAAGGAUAAGGGGCACAUUGAUCAUGAGAAGGAUAAAGGGCACGUUGAUCAUGAGAAGGAUAAGGGGCACGUUGAUCAUGAGAAGGAUAAGGGGCACGUUGAUCAUGAGAAGGAUAAGGGGCACGUUGAUCAUGAGAAGGAUAAGGGGCACAAUGACAAUGAGCAGAAGACACAGAGUGACCAUGAGCAGGAAAAGGUGCACAGUGACCAUGAGCAGGAGAAAACCCAGAUCAACCAUGAGCAGGAAAAGGUGCACAGCGACCACGUGAAGGAAAAGGCGCACAGCGACCACUUGAGGGAAAAGGCGCACAAGGACCACGUGAAGGAAAAGGCGCACAAGGACCACGUGAAGGAAAAGGCGCACAAGGACCACGUGAAGGAAAAGGCGCACAAGGACCACGUGAAGGAAAAGGCGCACAAGGACCACGUGAAGGAAAAGGCGCACAAGGACCACGUGAAGGAAAAGGCGCACAAGGACCACUCAAGGUCUAAAGAGGGAGAGAGAAAUAAAGGUAAUGACAAACCAAAGAAUCCUUCUAAAAAAGAGAGGGGUGAGUUCCAGAUAAAGGAAGAAAGGGCAGACACUGAAAUACCAGUUAAAGAACCUGUAAAGGAUGUGAAGGGGGUCUUUGGAAAGAGGAUGCUGGUUGAUCUGGAUUUAUUUCAAGAUGCACUGAUGGAAGAGAAGAAACCAAAAAAGGACAGCACUAAAGUUAAGUUUAAAGAAAAUCCCAGCAAAGAGGAAAAGAAAGGAGGAAAGAAAGGUGAUGACAAAAAGAACCAUGGAAAGGUCAAAGAAGAAUACAAAAGUGUAAAGAGGGAACGAGAAGAUGACGAGAGCAUGGAAUCUGAUGGUGAGCAAAAGAAAAGGAGGCCUAGCCCCGAGAGUGGAUACAUGUCUAUGGAAGUUAAACAGGAGACUGAAGAGGACUUCAAAAAGGACAAAGCGGCUACUGUCAAAAAGAGGAAGAUCAAGGAAGAGGAAGAAGAGACCAAGACCAAAAGGAGCAAAACUGAGGAAGGGAAGACUAAAACACAGAACAGCAAAGCGAAAGGAGGAGAGGCAAAGACCAAGAAGAGUAAAGAGGAGAAACAGAAAGAGGAGGAUGCAUCCAAAUGGAAGUGGUGGGAAGAAGCCAAUCAUGACGAUGGCACCAAGUGGAAGUUUCUUGAACAUAGAGGCCCAUACUUUGCUCCUCCGUAUGAACCUCUUCCAGAUGACGUCAGGUUUUACUAUGAUGGAGAAGAGAUGAAACUUAGUUUGCCGGCUGAGGAAGUUGCCACUUUCUAUGGCAAAAUGCUGGAUCAUGAAUACACCACCAAAGACGUAUUCCAAAAGAAUUUCUUUGCGGACUGGAGGGAACAAAUGACAAAAGAAGAGCGGAAGACGAUUAAGCAGUUGGACAAGUGUGACUUCAGGGAGAUCCACAAGUAUUUCUUUGAUCGGAAUGAGGAAAGGAAAGCUUUGCCUAAAGCGGCCAAACAGAAAUUGAAAGAGGAGGCCAGUAAGCUUCAGGAGGAGUACGGUUACUGCAUACUGGAUGGCCAUCGGGAAAAAAUUGGCAACUUUAAAACUGAACCGCCAGGUCUGUUCCGCGGCCGAGGAGACCACCCCAAAAUGGGAAUGUUAAAAAUGAGAAUACGGCCGCGGGACGUCAUUAUAAACUGCAGCAAAGACGCGAAGAUUCCUGAGCCCCCUCCUGGCACCAAGUGGAAGGAAGUGCGCUUUGAUAACACCGUCACCUGGCUGGCUUCAUGGACAGAAAAUAUCCAGAGUGCCAUCAAGUACAUCAUGCUGAACCCAAGCUCAAAACUCAAGGGGGAGAAGGACUGGCAGAAAUACGAGACCGCCCGGCGCCUGAAAGAUGUGGUAGGUCACAUCCGAUCUCAAUAUCGAGCAGAUUGGAAAUCACGUGAGAUGAAGAAGAGGCAGAGAGCUGUGGCACUGUAUUUCAUUGAUAAGCUGGCCCUGAGAGCGGGCAAUGAGAAGGAAGAGGGCGAGACGGCCGACACUGUGGGCUGCUGCUCCCUGCGGGUGGAACACAUUCAACUGUUUCCGGAGAUGGAUGGUCAGAAGCACGUGGUGGAGUUCGACUUCCUGGGAAAAGAUUCCAUAAGAUACUACAACAAGGUGCCUGUGGAGAAAGAGGUGUUUAAGAAUCUAAAACGGUUCAUGGAGAAUAAGGAUCCGGAAGACGAUCUCUUUGACCGACUGAACACCUCCACACUAAACAAACAUCUCCAGGAUCUGAUGGACGGACUCACAGCCAAGGUGUUCAGAACUUACAACGCCUCCAUUACCCUGCAGAACCAGCUAAAAGAUCUGACCAAUGCGGAGGACAACGUAGCAGCCAAAAUCUUGUCCUACAACCGUGCCAACAGGGCUGUGGCUCUUCUCUGCAACCACCAGAGGGCUCCACCAAAGACCUUUGAAAAAUCGAUGCAAAAUCUACAGGCAAAGAUUGAUGCAAAAGAGGAGCAGCUGAAGGAAGCAAAGAGCGAGCUGAAGAAAGCCAAAGCUGACCAUAACAGACGUAACACCGACAGGACAAAGAAGGAGCUGGAGAAGAAGAAGAAGCAGAUGGAAAGGCUGGAGGAACAACUGGAGAAACUGAAGCUUAUGGCCACAGAUAAGGAGGAGAACAAGCAGAUCGCUCUGGGCACGUCCAAACUAAACUAUCUGGAUCCCAGGAUCACCGUGGCCUGGUGUAAGAAAUUUGGAGUGCCCAUCGAGAAGAUCUACAACAAGACUCAGAGAGACAAGUUCGCCUGGGCUAUUGCCAUGACCAAUGAAGACUUUGUGUUCUAGGCGCCCAUGUUGGGCCAGAAGCGGUGAUCUACCUCUCACUACCCUCCUCUAGGUCUGCUCAGACCUCCUUAUCUCAGGUGAUCUCAUCUACAAUUAAGCCGUUCAGUUGUUGGAUGCAAUGCUGCAAGCAACCAUUCCUUGAAUCCCCCAUUCUUGUAACAUUGGGUGGAUUACAUGCCCGGGAGGGGAAUUCAUUUCCUUAUCUAGAGCACUUACUGCAUUCGUCCACCAUGACCCCCCCCCCCCCCCCUCCCCUUUUCGGCUUGCUUACAACAUGACUGCUGUUUAGUUAUGUGAUCGGUUUCUGUAUGUUGGAAAGAGAUCUUGAAACAAGCGCCUCAAAUCUGUAAGCCGAGGAUCGGGACGCACAGACGGGACAGUCCUAGUGGUACAAAGUACUCCCAACGCCAGUAUCUGUUAGAGGGUAUGAAACUAUUAUUUAUUUUUUUUGGAGUCUUCCCACUUAUUGUAAAUCACUGUAUGUAAAAGAAGCUCGGCCGGUUGAAUUUAAAAAAUAUAUAUUUAAGUAUUUUGUUUGUGUUUUUGUUGAAAACUUGGAGGCAGGCGCUUUAUGUAUGUACGUUUUUUGUUUCAUACAGAAAAUAAUAAAAUGAAAUAAAGAUUUGUUUGUAUCUUC